GAUCUGUGUGUGAUCUGUAUACCCAGUACGAGCUUCCCGCGUCCGAGCCUCUUGGCUCCAAAAGGGCUCGCCGAAAGCUCGCUCGCUGCUUCCACCCGUUCGCGUCGAAGUGAUCGAUGAACGGGCAGAAUAUGCCGUGCUUACUGGCAGCAGAUGGCAAGAUCCCUGCUUACUGCGAGGAGAAAGCGCCCGGGCGGCUGAAGCACCGGAGCCUCCGCCGCAAGCGCCAUGCCUUGCAGCGCAGGCAGUUAACGGAGUUUCGCCCAGAAUUGCCUGGCUUGCUGCUCCUUCUCAUCGACCAGAUCCACACGGUGCCGCGACGCAUCAUGAACGGGAUCGUGCCGCAUCUUCAGGCGAUUUAUGGAGACAAGUGGAUUUUUGAGGCGUUCCACCUUCAGGAACAAGCCCUCGAGACCACUCUUGGUUCAGACUACCGUAGGCCGCUUGAGCAAGAAGUGGUGGAUCCAACGCAGGAGCACUUGCGCCGGAGGCUGCGCUUGCUCUCGGGAACUCUUCACUUGAAGGUGAGGAGGAUCUGGGCUGACGUACGGAGUUCUGAAGACGAGAGGCUGGAGGAGAUUCGAGCCAAGGUGCACAGCACCUUGCAAACGUUUGAGGCUUCCGCCUUGCAGAUUCUACAAACAGAUCGGGGAGCGCGUUCCGAGGAUGAGCUCGAGGAGGUGAUGCCCAGUGCCACAGUCACGGCCGACGUGGAACUGCAGGGCGCCAGGCCUUACGAGGCCACGUAGAACUGCGAAGCUCCUUCCACCGAUGUUAGUGAGCACAUCAGCGAUAGCUAGCUGCUAGCUGGAUGGUUUGUCUUCUUUGGGCUUACAUUGGGAAACUGGAUUUUGGGAGAGAGAGAGAGAGCAUGAACGGUUUGCACGAGCUCGU